AUGAACAAUAAUGAGAAAUUCGAGCAGCGGUGGGAGUUCAGGCGGAAAGAGGUCGAUGCCGACACCUCGAGUGAAGACAGCCAACCGAAUGCAAGUGGGCCCCACGCUUUCAAGCAGAAUUUAGUUGCUGGCCUCGUUUUGCUCGAAAAUGACGAGGCAAGUGACAAACCGACUUUAGUCGCCGACGAAAAGAAAACCAAAUCAAGCAAGAAGGCGAAAGGCAAGAAGAACAAUGUUGCCGUUCAAAGGAAAUCAAACAGCGUGCCAAUCAAGAAAAAUAAGCCGAACAGAAAUCUCGAGAACGAGCAUGCGACCAUGUUUGAAGAUCUCAAAGCCUUUGCCGAUUCUUUAAUGCAAGAACUCAGUGGUGACCGGGAGAAUAUGGUUACGCAGUUGAAGGAUGAGAUGAAAAAGCUUGCAGCCAUUGUGUCGAAAAAGCUGGUUAGGAAGAAGAAUAAAGAGAAACCCAAAAAUUGCACGGUUAUUAGAAACACGAAAGGCAAAGUGGGGUGUGAUGCACGUAAAUUGACAAAAACUUCAUCCGAGCCCAUCGAGAAAAACAAGGGAAUUCUACAACUGACCAAUAAUGAUGAGCUAAGCAGAGGUGGCAAUGGAAUAUUGAAUGUGCCAGCUGUCAUCCCAAAACCGCAGUUUCAAAAUCCGAGAACCCAUUUGCCUUUGGGUGAUCACAAAUUUUAUCGGCAAUAUGGGGAAUUUCGUCCGGUAGAACAACAACUCGGGAGCUUUUCCAACAUUUCAAAUGGAAGUGUGGGUUUGAUUGGACAAAACUACCCUCGAGCGCCUGACAUUCCUUUCCCGGUCCCACUUGGUCAUCUUGGGUCGCACGAUGGGUCUAAUGUUUCGAGCUUGACUUACUGUGAUAAGAUUAACGAUGUGGGCCCGAGGUUGAACGGCAUUAAUAAUGUGAAUUUUCCUCAGAGGAAUCAAAUGUUAUCGGGUCAAUAUUUUCCUUACGGCGGUGUGUUGAGUAAAGGUGGUGGGGAAUAUGUGUCUGUGAGGCCACAGGAAAUCAAAGAUGGCCAAUUUUGCUUGGCUAGUUUGGGAAAUCAACAGUGA